UUUUGUGUAAGCGAAGAAAUUAAUUCGUUCCUUUAUUUGGCGGGGGGUGAAAAAAAAAAGGCUGUCGAAGUGUCAGAAGCGAAACGAUCGGCCACAGCCAAAUUGACGAUUACAGUGAAGCCAGUGGACAGCAACCCUCCUAUUAUAACGGCAUCGAGUAUAGAGGGGUUCGUGGACGAGAAUGCACCGAUCGGGACGAAGGUUAUCGACAAGCAUGGCGAUCCUAUAGUGCUCACCGUUUCGGACGCCGAUUUGGGGCCCGACGAUCCGAAGCCGGCUUACUCGUUCGAGUUGACCACGAAUUUUUUCGCGAUCGAUCCAUCCGGCAUGCUGGUCGUGAACGAGGAGAAUUUGGACCGAGAUCCCCCGAGCCCUGGCCGCUUCCGGUUUCAAGUAGUAGCCAGAGAAAAAACGGGUGUCGCCGCUUCUGCGCCAUUGUCCUUCGUUGUGAUAUUAAACGACGUUAACGACAAUGCACCUAUGCUCCCCAUGAUACCUCCUAUCACCGUCCAGGCUGGGGAAACGAAGAAGGUGGUAACAAAGGUCGAGGCUACGGACAACGACGAGGGGGAGAACGCCGAGAUAACGUACAGCAUUUACCACGUGUCGAAUAACGGGCUGCAUAAAUUCAAAAUCGAGCCGAGGACGGGCGUGAUAGAGUCGGUGAGGAAGCUGAACGCCGGCGAGCAGUUCAGCAUCACGGUCCAGGCGACCGACAAGGGUGGAAAAUAUUCGCAGACGAUCGUCGAGGUGAACGUGAUCCCCGGCCCUAACACGAGGAGCCCCGUUUUCCAGCAACCGGUGUACGAGGUGCAAGUGAGCGAGGGAGCCUCCAUCAAUUCCACGGUCGCGACCAUCACCGCAGUCGAUCCAGAAAACGAUCCGGUGUCGUACUCGAUCGUCUCGGGGAACGACCUCCGCCAAUUUGCGAUCGGCGACAAAUCGGGCGUGAUCACCGUUAUAAGGAAGCUGGACAGGGAGGACCUGACCCGUUAUCAACUGCUGAUAAAAGCGGAGGAUUCGGGCGGCCUGUUCAGCACGGCGACGGUGAACAUCAAAGUGACGGACAUCAACGACAAGAAUCCGGAAUUCGUGGGCCUUCCGUACGAGUUCUCGGUGAAGGAGGGCGAGGCCAGGAAGCUGAUCGGCCGCGUGCACGCGGAGGACGCGGACGAAGGGAUAAACGCGGAAAUAACGUACUUCGCGCCCGACGAUAUCCCGUUCACGGUCGACCCUGAAACCGGGGACGUGCUCACCAAGAUCGUGCUUGAUUACGAGCAGAACGACGAAUACAAAUUUGUGGUGACCGCGAGAGACGGUGCUCCCGAUUAUCGUUUAGCAACCGCAACGGUGACGGUGAAAGUAAUAGACGUGGAGGACGAGGUUCCCGUUUUCCAUCAGAGCAGCUACGAGGCACGAGUUAAGGAGAAUAUACCGGAUUACACGGUGCUUCAAGUAACGGCCGAUGAUCCGGAUACAAAGAAGCAGAUCACGUACAUGAUCAAGCAAGGGGAUACCGAACUGUUCGCCAUAGACUCGAGAACGGGAGUGAUAAAAACGACCCGCGGUUUGGACUACGAGAGGGAGAGCCAACACAUCCUUAUAAUCGGCACCGUUGAGAACACGAGCGAUCUGCCUGGCUCAACCACGAGGGUCGUGGUCAACGUCCAGGAUGUUAACGACAUCCCGCCAGUGUUCACGUCAGUUCCUCGCCCGAUUACGCUAGACGACGACAUUCCCAUUGGCACGACGGUCAUUAAUCUUAUAGCGACGGAUUCGGAUGGUACUGCGCCCGGAAAUCAGGUAAGAUACGAAAUCGUGGGACGUGGAAUAGCCAACAAAUACUUUAUGAUCGAUCCGGACACCGGUGUGCUCAGGGUGAGGGACGAUUUGCGCAAAGAAACGGACACCGAGUAUCAGGUCGACGUGCGGGCGUACGACAUGGGCGAGCCUCAAUUAUCCUCGGUGACUACGGUCCCUGUUUACGUUCGCCACGUUGCCACGGUGCCUCCGGAGAUCGGGUUAGGGUUCGCGGAGAACUCGUACAACGUGGAGGUGCCCGAGGACGCGGGCGACAACACUCUUAUCAAGAUAAUCACGAUAAUAAACAGCCACGCUCACGAUACGACCCCGUUGAAAUGCGAAAUUUACAGUGGGAACGAGGACGAUUUGUUCGAGGCGGGCGUCACGGAGGAGAGGAAUUGCGCCCUAAAAUUGAAGAAAGGCGCUUUGGAUUACGAAACGACGGAAUCCUAUCAAGUGAAGAUUAAGCUCGAGUCUUUGUCGGGUCUGUUGAAUUCCGGCAGAAAUACGACCAUGGUGAAGAUUCAGGUGCUGGACGUGAACGACAACAAGCCUGAAUUCAUCUUCCCCGAAAACGAUCCGAAAUUGUCGAGGGGGCGUUACUUCGCCGCGAUUCCGCGGUCUGCGCAAUUCGGUUCAACGGUGAUCCAGGUGAAGGCCCACGACAAGGACAACGGAAAGUACGGGAAGCUCGAGUACAGGAUACUGGGGGGGCGAGGAUCGGAUUACUUCGCGAUGGACACCUCUUCCGGCAUAAUAAGAACGACCGCUACCUUCGACAACGUCGACCCGGCCGAGCUUCCCUUCAAAUUCGACGUUCGAGUUCGGGACAAUCCCAACUCGACCGACAAUUUCAACUCGAUCGUUGCCCCAGUGAUAGUGAAUCUCAUAGGCGAGGAGAAUCUGAUGAUACUCGUCGUCCAGGACGCGUCGCCCGACACGUUGCAGAAGGAGGCGUCCAAGAUUGCAGGGAUCAUCGAGGAGAGGAGCGAGCUUCUCAUCGGGAUAGACAGGAUAGCGGUGAGGAAGAAUUUGACGAAGAAUGGAACUAUCGAGAUGUAUCCUCAGGAUUCGGACGUGUGGUUCUACGCGAUCGACCCGGACACCGAGGCUAUUUUGGACAGGAACAGCUCGAGGAUACAAAGAUCGAUAUUCGAGAAGACGGCCAUGUCGAACAUCACUUUCGACGUGUCCACGUUGGUUCGAGCCAACGCGAUAGACAUCCACGCGCCAGUGAUGCCACCGGAACCGAUACGCACUCAGACCGCCAUUGCUUUCAGCGGCGAGGUGUUCCCGUACGCGUUGAUCAUCAUCGCUUGCGUCAUACUGAUUCUAGGCGUUGCUGGUAUCGUCUACAUUUGCGUAUCCUGGUCCAGAUACAAGGCGUACAAGGAACGGAUGCAGCGGAUGUACGUGGUGCCCCGUUACGAUCCCGUGUACGUGGAGCCGAAUUUGAAGGAAUACGAGACGCAGGUGCUUCAAAUGAGCGUGCCCGUUGACGACAACGACAGUUACAACGACCUUCAGCUCGAUUUCAGCAAUAAGAAUCACGCGUUCAGCCUGGACAACGUUAGCUACAUUACCAAAGAUCACGGAGAGAGUACCGGUCAGCAGAGCCCUGUAAGCUCGGAGGCGGCGACCACGGCGCGCGCCUCGAGCAUAGCGGGGACUCACGCGGAUACGAACAUCCACUCGUUGCGGCGAUCCACACUUGGAAGAAAGAACAACGGCUGCAACGCGACCGCCACGUUGAACAACCACGACGCGACGCCCGUAUUGAACCCGCUCUACAACCACGGCAACGACUCGCUGCUCAGCCCGAGCCCCUCCAACGACAACGUGACGUUCAGGGAGAAAAGGGACUAUUCCCAUCUGGGAUUCACGUAUCUGGGUGAGCAGAGCCCGGUCGAAACCACCACCGAGUUGAUCGAUGAUUAUUUGAUGCCUUCAAAAAACGAUCGGCAUGAAGUACCUGAAAAUCGUUCUGUUCACGUUCAACUUAUUGAUAUGGGUAAAGUAUAUCAAAAUCGAUUAAUUUUGGCCGGGUGUACGGUACUGAUGAUAGGAGCAUGCUUGCUGCUGGAGCCAAGCAAAGGUCACCUGUUAAAUCUCUUCGUGCACGAUGCCACACCGCACGAUACUAUUAAUCUGAUAGCUUACAGUUUGCUCGGCCUCGGUUUCACCGUGUUGACAGUCGGUUUCUUUGGAUGCCGCGCAGCUCUCCACGGAAGCCAGUGCAUACUGGCCACCUACAUGAGCAUGCUCGUGGCGCUGAUCGUCACGGAGCUUGUCACCGCGGCUGCCGGCGGUAUAAUGACAUUUCGAAUACUUUCCGGAUUGGAGGAGCGGCUAAUCAGCAAAUUAGCCGUCGGCUACGGCCACGAGCCGACCAGCGACAUCCCUUUCAGCCACAGUCUCGACUUCGCCCAAUACAAGUUUAAUUGCUGCGGAAUUCACGGAUACGGGGAUUACAAUGGCACCGCGUGGUGGAGGGACGCGCAAAUUUCGGGGAACAGGAGGCAGGUCCCCCUGACGUGCUGCGUUUUAAAAAAUACAGAGGUGAAAAAUACGGGAAGCCCAAUGAGCGUCGUGUCGAGAGUGUUCAACAAGCAUACGGAGAAACCGUGGCUGAAUCCAAAGCCAAAGGACGAACUAGCCUGUCAAAUAGAGGACAAAGAAGGUCACGAUGGAUAUAGACAUCAAGAGGGCUGCCUCCUCAAAGUUACAAGUUGGCUGCAAUGCGAGAGCUUCACAUUGGUAUUCCUGGGGAUGGCGAUGGCUGGGAUACAAACAUUUGGUAUAAUAACCUCGGCUUUUCUUUGCCGAACGAUAAGGGAGAUGCAAGUGGAUUGAAACUCUUGGGAUAGCAAGAGCACAAAAGAAGGGAGGGAAGCCAAUUUCCAGACUAUCUGGUUUUCGAGGAGAUCAAACGACGCAUUAUUCUGAUGUUUCAUCCGUUCACUUUCGACGAUUCUGCGAUGGAAAUAUUCGUUCGAGGGAACAACGAUGCAUACGUGAUAAUAAUAACAUGGAUAUUUCGAGCAGAUUUCGCAAAGCCGCGUUUACAUUGAAACACAACAUUUCCAUUCAAUCGAUCAAUUCUUAAAAAUGAAAUUUGUCACAUUUGGAUCACCAAAAAAAAAAAAUAGCCUAAAUGUAAACGUUGCUUAAGAGAUUGUCGAGUCUCUUUGAAACGAAUCUCUUUUUUUUUUUAUUAUUUUUUAAGAACACUCAAUGAUCGUGGAAUUUAUAUCGUAUAGAUUGAAAACUGUGCUUGCUCGGAACCUUCCAGCCCAUUCCCGUCCCUUGUAUGUGUGUUUCGUUACAAAAUAUCGUGACGAAACGGGUAAAAGAUGUCUACAUAAAUUCUGUACAUAAAAAUGUUAUUCCACUCGUGUUCGCUCUGAAUACGAGAACACGCUACGAUUCUCAAACCGAUCAUUUGAGACGGAAUGACUAUAUGAUUCGUCAUAUUCGAAUAAUGUCGAAACUGAAAGAAUUAUUAAUUCAAAUUACUCGAGUGUCCGAAUGUUUAUAUGUGAAUAUCUCGUGGAACGGUCGAGAACGUCGAAUCUAACGCCACUCGUGCUUCGGCUAUCUUCGACCAACAUCGGUUAAGUAGUCGAAGAUGGCCGAAACACGAUCGGCUUUUAUCGGGUGUCGAAUCGCCUCGAUGGACGAAGCGUUGUAUCGAAACGCGAGUCCGUUCAAAGAAGUUUUUAUUCCGAAAGUUUUUGCACAAUUUGAAUAAUUUGUUUGUUCGAUUAACACUCGGGUACCAGUGAGUGAUAGUUUGAAAUAACAACACUGAUCGAAAAGUUCCGAUAUAUUCUUGCGUUCACGAGAUAAAAACGUACCAAACGUCGCAGUGAACCAAAGUUUGAAUUACGGGUGGAUCUGUAAAUAUGUAUCGCGCAACAACGACGAGAAACGUUGAGAUGAAAGUUCGAGUUCGAUGAAACAAUGAACACAAUCGACAGAUUUGUCGUUUUUCUUCCCUUUUUCUCGCGGGAUAUGCGAUAUGCAAUUUUUCACACGAGACUCACGCGAUUUAUACGAUACAUUGGCAAGCGUAUAUGUUCGAAACUACUUUGCGAUUUUUUACCGAAGAACAAAAAA